CCGAUUUUAGCGCAUCACCAUGGACGAGUACGAGCACGCCGACGAGGCGUCCGCCACGUCACCUCGGUCCCUCGACGAGAGUUACAACGCCGACGAGUGGGAAGAGCCGUCGCCAGAGAAGCCACCUGCCCUGCUGCUCACCACCACGUGUCGAGAAGAAUCGACGUCGAGUCAUGUCAUCGCUGAGAACACGAACGCAGCCGCGCAGAACGUCUCCGAGCCCGAGCCCGAGCCCCCACGGCUACCAGGUGGCGAUGGCGCGGUGCAAAUAGCAGAGAAACCAGACACGGGUCCUUCAACGUCCAUCGACGACGACGAUCGCGCCGAAGCGAAUGCGGCCCUGAGCGAGGCCAGGCUAGAAGAAGAAAUUGAGGACCCCGAGUACCCACCCGAGAUGAUCCGACGUUUUUGUCAGCACCCGAGCUUGGCCAGCAAGCGCAGCACGGAGACCAGCACCGAUGCUGCGACGAAACUGGCGUCGGCGCGCGUCAAGGCGUACCGGCAGCUACAGGCGCAGCAAAAGGCCGAGGCCAAGGCAGCCAACGAUGCGCACAAGCAAGCCAAGCACGCGUGGCGGCUGACGUACGACAUUCCGCGCAGCCGACAAGAGUAUCUCGCCGAGUCGACGCGGCGGCGCAAGCAGCUAUUAGAAGCGCACGCCGCGACACCGACACCCCGAUGGUACCGGUGCGGGCGCAAGACCACGCCGCGCGUGAGCACGGACGACGCGAUUGCCGAAAAGCAGGCUUUGGCGCAGCGCGCUCAAGUGGCGUCUCGGCGCAAAGCAGCAGCGCGCCGCGACCACGUCGCCGCGACGCUCGCAAAAGUCGCUGCAACGGCCGCGUCGGCUCGUCAUAAAAGCUGCGGGAUGGCGGGAUCAGCCUCGGCGUGUGUCGAGGUCGCGGCCGUGAUGACUCGCUUACUGGACGCCGUUGACGUCGCUCCGACACACCCAGUGCCGUCGACGAUGCAGGUCGAGCCCGCACCGACGUCGGACACGGAAUUUCAGCCGCCCAGCAUCGAGAAAGGGUCGGAGCCACAAGCGUCGACAUCGCUGACGACAGAGUGGACGACCGAAUCCGAGCCUGAGCCGGACCCGACGACGGUCAAGGACAUCUGCGACGCGGUCAUGGCAGGAGUCAAGACGGACAACGUGCGCGCACCUGACGCUGUCGCGGGGAGCCUCAAGAACGUGUAG